AUAUAUAUAUAUAUUACAGUAAGUAAUAAAAAGUCGCGUGAUCAAUAGCUAUAACGAACCACGUCUACAUAUGAAAUCAAUCAACUAAUUAGGAAUACUAUAAUAACUACUCAAAGUUGACUUAGCACUGAUAAGUAUGUUACUAUUAAGUUAUUAUAAACCAGUUUCACCAAUUUACUAACCAUUCUGAACCAUUAAAAGAGUCAUCAAUAUUUCCUGUGUACAGCUUUUAACACCAACUUACCAUUUUUUUCUUAGGCGUUCUCCAUAUCGCAGUUGAAGCAAACAAUAAUUAAUUUGAAGGUUUAUUAAGUUUUGAUUGAGAAACUUUGUUGCCAUCGGACAUUAUAUAUACUAAAAUUAGACAGUAUAGGCCAUGUCGACCUUUCCACCAAAUAUAUCUAUUCGACCUCUUACUAUAGAGGAUAUCGAUCAAUGUAUAAGUUUAGAAAAUAAAGGAUUUUCUGAAUCAGAAAGAUGUACUCCAGAAAAAUUUCGUUAUAGAUUGACUGUAUGUCCUGAAUUAUGUUCAGGAUUAUUCAUAAGAGACUAUGAUCAUACUUAUAAUGCCAUUAACUUACCAGAAGUUGCUGCUAGAUUAGCAAAGGAACAAAAGGAUAAAGGUACUAAUGAUGAUCAAGAAGAAGAUAUUGAUGAAUUGCCUUCGAAAUCUUCUGUAAUCAAAGAAACAUUAAUUGGUCAUAUAAUUGCUACCAAGAUUCCUACUCAAAAGAUUACUGAUAAUGCUAUGGAUAUUCCUGACACUGAAGAUGAUACUUCUAAAGGUCAUAUUGAAAGUUCAAGAUGGAUAGGAAUUCAUUCAUUAGUUGUAGACCCUAAAUGGAGGGGAAAUAAUUUAGGUACACUUUUAGUUCAUGAUUAUGUUCAAAAAUUAUCUAAUCAAGAUAUGGGUGAUAAAAUUGUUAUAAUUGCUCAUAAAGAAUUAAUACCAUUUUAUGAAAAGAUAGGUUUUAAUAAUUUGGGUGAAAGUGAUUGUAAAUUUGCUGAUACUACUUGGUACGAUUUAGCUAUUGAUUUAAUACCUGAAGAAGAUAUUUAAAUUUACAUCAAUAUAAUAUUUGGAACUCAUACAUACACCACCCUUAUAAUCCUACUCUUAACCCUAUACUAUAUAUAAUUUGUACAGAUCUGUAUACUUCGUAAUUUAGAAUAUAUGAUUUAACACAGUAAGGAAAAGAAAAAAC